AUGCCUAUCGGAUCAAGCUUCACCUCCUUCCUCGCUUCCGCCCGGUUCAUGCCCCAAUCCCGCCGUCGUGGAUCCGAUUCAUCCACCACUACCACCUCCUCGCUCGACUCAAACGAUACACAAGCCACCGUAUCUACGACAUGCUCUGUCCGCCGUCCCCGUCCUUCGCCUCCUUCCCGUACAAACUCCAACGAGGGCCCCAGCGCAGGUCGCGGCGGUCGACGUGGAGGAGGUGGUGGUGGAGGUGCACGAGAUCCGAUCCUAUGUUGUUCGACCUGCCACACGCACCUAACCCUCACCUCCUCUACCCUCUCAAAAGCCUUCCGCGGACGAUACGGUCCCGCCCUCUUAACUUCCACCCUGACAAACAUCACACUCUCUCCACCCCGCUCACGACACUUGUUGACGGGGGUGCAUGUCGUUAGGGAUGCGAUGUGUGGGGGAUGUGGGGGCGUUGUUGGGUGGAAGUAUAUCGAGGCUCCUGGGGGUGGGGAGCAGGGGUAUAAGGUUGGGAGGUAUGUGGUUGAGGGUGGGAGGGUUGUGAAGGAGAAUGGGUGGGGUGAAGGGAGUGAUAGUGACGAUGAUGGAGAUGAGGAAAGCUUGUGGAGUGAGGACGGAAGUGAUAUUGACAUCAGGGAUUUGGUUGCGUGA